UUCUAUCAAUUUCUAACUCGUGCUUGUUCCACUGUCUCGUUUCAUGUUCAUGUUGUUCCGUUGUGAAUGUAAUUUGACAUUUGUAAACAGCUGAUUAGUAAAUGCUUGCAUGUGUGAGUAAAGCAUCUUAAUUUUUUAAAGUUGUUUGUUUAUUUGUUAAAUGCUAAAGACGAAGCCUUUAAAAACUAUACAAUUAAUGUAAAACUUGAAAAAGGUUGUGACAAACAGCGAAAGAAAAAAGAAAUGGCCAUGGCAUUAUCGAACAGUAUUCCUGCGAACACUAUAAAAGUAGGGAAAAAGAAGAUCUUGGAGGCAGUUGAAUACGAUAAAAUCUGUGAUUUUAUACAUUUAUAUGACGGAAUAACGAUCGAUUGUGAAUUGGAGCUUUACAAUAACUUUAAUUAUGUCGAUCGAAAAACAUUGAAGAGCAUUUUACAAACGGAGUGGAGCUCAUUACUAAGGUCACAACAUUGGCGAUACGAGUCCUUAGCACAGAAGCACCUCAAAUUAUUUCAGGACCAAACUAAAAAAAAUGAUGACCCAACAAUACUUAUAAAAUUAGCUGUAGCAGAGAGAAUGACACCAGUUAGUCUUUGUCGAAGUAUUUUGCAGGAGAAAUACAAAUUUGAAAAUAAAAGUGAUUUGUCUCGCCUGCUGAAGUACCCGCACCUAAUAGAUGACCCUAUUCUUUGCGCGAAUGUUAUGCAGUGCAUAUGUAGCGACAUACAGGAAGGCCCUUUAGUAGAUCUAAGACGUAGAAUAAUAGGAGAAGAAUAUGAAUUUAAGUUAAAAGAAUUGGCUAGAAAUGCAGGCAUGCAUUAUUACACUGAACACGAUUUGAGACGCUUAGGCUACGAUAAAACUCCAGAUCUUAAAAUGAUAUUACCAUUUCUCUACAAAGGUGAACAAGUGAAUUGGAUAGAAAGCAAAGCAGGUUUUGGAGAUGUUAAAACCCACAAAUGGAAUAUCAGACAACAGUUGAAUAGUUACAGUAAUCGAUUUGGUGCUGGUAUAGUUAUUUACUGGUUUGGAUAUCAUAAUGAGUUGCCCGAUCUUAGCGAAAAUAAAGACGGCAUUAUUGUAUUAGAUGACUUUCCCGAAGUUCAGCACAUAACUCUGCUGAACUUGGAGCAGGAAAGCGAUACUGCGUGCAUAUUUGACGUGAAUGACAAUUCAACUGCAGAAUUUUUAUGAUAUGAAUUUAUUUUUGGAUAUGUAUUUUAUAGCUAUUUAAGAUAUGUAGAUAAUUUAUGAAAUAGACAUAACAAUCUA